AGGUCAGUGGAAAACGAGAAGAGAUGCACCUCCGAAUUUGGGAAAGACCACCGCAUCCACGAAUCAGUGACAAAUGAUGAACGUUGACAGUAAUUUCUAAGUAAGCAAGUGGAUGUUCAGACAGUGAAGGAAGAAUGAGUGAGCAGAUCUAAAAUAGAAUUGAAGAAUUAAAAACUGUUUAUUGUCACCUUACGUAGCCAAAUCACAAUUCCUUAUGAUUUCUAGUAAAAGUCACAACAUGGAGCUCUUAUAUCUGUCAUCAGACAGAACGUCAAUGAGUUUCUUCGUUGCCUUUCUCUGUGUUCUAGUUGUUCAAGCUCAGGCUCAAUCAGGAUUUAUCAGCGUAGAUUGUGGAGCUCCUGAAAAUAUAAACUACAUUGAGGCAACAACAGGCAUAAAUUACACUUCAGAUGCCAAUUUCGUAAAUACUGGUGUGAGUAAGACGAUAACAAAUGAACUGAAAAGUGACUUUGAAAGACAGAUGUGGAAUGUGAGAAGCUUCCCAAAGGGAAGAAGAAACUGCUACAAAAUAAACAUCACAAGAGGCUCUAAGUAUUUCAUACGGACUACUUUUUUGUAUGGAAAUUAUGAUGCCCUAAAUAAGUUACCACACUUUGAUAUUUUUAUUGGGCCUAAUCGGUGGGGUUCAGUGAAUAUAACCGAUGCAUCAGUUGAGAAAUACAAAGAGAUCAUAUAUGUGCCUUCAUUGGAUUACAUACACAUUUGUCUCGUUGAUAAGGGAUUUGGGACGCCAUUUAUAUCAUCCAUAGAAUUGAGGACUUUGAAGAGUAAUAUAUAUGUCACACAAUUUGGAUCACUCGCAACUUAUUUCCGGUGGGAUUUAGGUUCAACCAAACGCAGCUACAGGUACAAGGAUGAUGUUUAUGAUCGUUUCUGGGUUCCCAAUGGAAACAACAAUGAUUGGACAAAUUUAGAGGUUUCUAAUCCUGGUGGUAAUUUAGCUCAAAAUAAUUACACCCUGCCAGUUAUUGUCAUGAACACCGCAGUUACACCAAAAAAUGCUAGUGCUCCGUUGGUAAUAAGCUGGGAGCCAAAAGAUCAAACUGAGCAAUUUUUUGUUUACAUGCACUUCUCAGAUAUUGAGUUGUUGGCAAAGAAUCAGACAAGAGCAUUCACCAUCACCCAGAAUGGAGAGCCAUGGCUUCAAAAUUUUUCUCCGCCGUAUCUGGGCUGCUACACUAUAUACAGCCAAGGAGGCAUCAGUGGGACAGAAAUUAAAUAUUCACUUGUGAUGACGGAGAAUUCAACCCUACCUCCCAUCAUCAAUGCCAUUGAAGUUUACAAAAUAAUAGAAUUCAACGAAUCAGAUACAUUCGAAGGAGAUGUUGGUGCGAUUACAACCAUCAAGUCAGUUUAUGGAGUGACAAGAAAUUGGCAAGGUGAUCCAUGCGGCCCUGUAGAAUUCUUGUGGGAUGGUCUAAAUUGUACUUAUGGUGAAGAAGAUUCCCCAAGAAUCACAACUUUGAAUUUAUCUUCAAGUGAAUUGUGGGGAAUGAUAGAUCCUUCAAUUUCAAGUCUCACCAUGUUGGAGAAAUUAGAUUUAUCAAACAAUAACUUAAACGGCGAAGUUCCUGAUUUUCUAUCUCGAUUAGCACACUUGAAGAUCAUAAAUUUGGACAACAACAACCUUACCGGUUUAAUUCCCUCGUCACUGGUUAAAAAAUCUAAGGAAGGUUCUUUGUCACUAAGUGUGGGCCAAAAUCCAUAUCUAUGUGAAUCUAGUCAAUGCAAUGAGAAAAAAAAGAAGAGCAUUCUCAUACCUUUGUUAGCAUCGGUUUGUGGGAUUUUGCUCCUUCUGGUGACCGUGGCAUCUACAUUGUGGACCCUUCAAAGGAGAAAACCGAAAGCUUUGAUGGUAGAAAAGGAUCGAAGUGAGAUAUACACAACACAAGAUGAUUCUUGGCAUCAACCCAAAAAACAAAUAUAUUCAUACUCUGAUGUCCUAAGAAUCACCAACAACUUGAACACAGUUCUUGGUAGAGGUGGGUUCGGAACAGUUUAUCUUGGCUAUAUCGAUGACACUCCCGUUGCAGUGAAAAUGCUUUCUCCAUCUUCAGUUCAUGGUUAUCAACAGUUCCAAACAGAGGUUAAUCUUCUCAUGAGAGUUCAUCAUAGAAAUCUCACCUCCCUCGUUGGUUAUUGUAACGAAGGAACCAAUAAGGGUCUCAUAUACGAGUACAUGGCUAACGGAAAUUUAUAUGAACAUCUCUAUGAUAAACAAGGCAAAUCAAAAUUCUUGACCUGGGAAAACCGACUUCGUAUAGUACUGGAUGCAGCCUUUGGAUUGGAGUAUCUACAAAAUGGUUGCAAGCCACCUAUAAUCCACAGAGACGUAAAAUCUACAAACAUCUUGCUAAAUGAAAACUUGCAAGCAAAAUUAUCUGAUUUUGGUCUAUCCAAAACAAUCCCAAAUGAUGGGAGAACUCAUGUGUCAACUGUUGUUGCUGGUACUCCUGGUUAUUUGGACCCUGCCUACUACACAUCCAAUAGAUUGACAGACAAAAGCGAUGUUUAUAGCUUUGGAGUUGUUCUUUUGGAGAUAAUCACAAGUCAACCAGUAAUAGCAAGGGAUCAAGAAAAGAUUCACAUCAGUCAAUGGGUUAGGUCCAUGGUGACGAUAGGAGACAUCAAGGGCAUUGUUGACUCAAGGUUAGAAGGAGAUUUUGACAUUAAUUCAGCUUGGAAAGCAGUGGAAAUAGCAAUGGCUUGUGUUUCUACAAAUCCAAACGAAAGGCCAAUCAUGAGUGUGAUAGUGAAUGAACUAAAGGAGACUUUAGAAACUGAAUUAGCACGAAAUAAGCAAGGUGGCUCCAAUCCUAGAGAUUUACUAGAACCUGUCACUAUGAAUAUUGAAACUGAAGUCACUCCCCUGGCCAGGUAAAAAGCUUACCCAAGUUAUAUAUGAAGAAUAAAAUAAUGUUGUAAUAUUAAAUAACUUGCACACUCUUCGAAGAUGGAGAUGAGCUAAUUGGUGAAGUAGUCUUCCUCAUGCAGUUUGAUCAGAAUGAGAUCAAGCCAUUUUAGGGGAAGUGAUAUUGCAUAGGUGGUUUAGAAUGCUAUUUAAGUGAUUAUUUAAUAUUUUGUUAACGAUAUAUUGUGCUUUAAAUGAUAAAAUUUAUCAAAAUAAGUUGAAAAAAGUUGAUUU